GUCUGCAUAAGAUCUCACACACUGCUUACUUAGUUUUCCUCUUUACUGUGUCCCCCUCUCUCAAUCUCUCCCUGUCCGACACACAAAAGACAUGAGUUCUAUCACUUCAGAAGUUGCUCUUGAUUUGUUUCCCUUCCUUAAAGUAUACAAAGAUGGAACCCUCAAGAGACUCGCCGGAGUCGAAGUAGUUCCCCCUGGACUUGACCCUGAAACCAACGUUUUAUCAAAGGACAUCCUCAUCCUACCCAAAACGGGCGUCUCAGCUAGGAUUUACCGCCCCAACUUGGUUACUGAACCUCAAAAGCUGCCCCUUGUAGUUUAUUUUCAUGGCGGAGCCUUUUGUGCAGCAUCGCCUGCUUCUCUGGAGUACCAUACCAGCCUCAACAAGCUCGUUGCUGAGGCUAACAUCAUAGCUCUUUCAGUUGACUAUAGGUUAGUCCCGGAACAUCCUCUUCCGACUGCAUAUGAAGAUUCAUGGGCUGCACUCCAGUGGGUGGCUUCCCACAAGGAGGAAAAUGGCAACCAUGAGGCUUGGAUCAAGGAUUAUGUUGAGUUAGAUGAGGUGUUUUUGACUGGUGAUAGUUCUGGUGCCAAUAUUGCACAUCAUUUGGCUUUACGAAUUAAGGAAUCUAAUUUGAGUUACAAGCUGAAGAUCGCUGGUAUUGGUAUGAUCCAUCCUUACUUUUGGGGAACCAACCCGAUUGGAUCGGAGGUUACUGAUCAGUUCAGGAAAGAAUUAGUGGAUAAGUGGUGGUUGUAUGUUUGUCCCUCUGAUAAAGGGUGCGAUGAUCCGCUAAUCAAUCCGUUUGUGGAUGGAUCCUCUGAUCUUGCAAACUUGGCAUGUGAUAGAAUCCUUGUUAUUGUUGCAGAGAAGGAUAUACUAAGGGACAGAGGGAAGUUGUAUUAUGAUAAAUUGGUGAAAUCUGGGUGGAAGGGAAAGGCAGAGUUUAUGGAGACAGAAGGCGAGGAUCAUGUGUUCCAUAUCUUUCAUCCAGAUUGUGCCAAGGCCAAGAGCUUGAUCCAACGUUUGGCUUCUUUCUUUAAAAUGUGAAAGCCAUGUGCUUGGUAGAAAAACCAAGUUAAAAAAUUUGAUCGACAUCUACCUACUAUGCCCAUCAUGUGGACCUCUUUACCCUGUUUUUUCUUCUGGUAUUAAUUGAAGCACUUUUCUGAA